AUGGCACCGCCGCGCCAACGCACCGCCGCAAUCGUGGACGACUCGCGGUCCGAAGCUUCCAGCGGCACCAGAGAGUACAAGAACACUGCUCCCAGGAGCCGCAAGACCGCCGCAGCCAAGGACAAGGCCUCGGUGACCAGUGCCCCCGUCACCCAUGACCAAUCUAUAGACGAGCAGCCUCGGGUCCCCUGGUCCGAUCUCCCGCUCGACAUCCUCCACGCCUACCGGCACGUUCACAAACUUCCCACUCCCUCUGCUUUUUCAACCGACUACUCCCGCAUUGUCCUCACACAAGGUGUUGGUCUCCGUUCGCCAACCGCCCUGGCCACCCGUCGCGCCCAGUUCUCCUCUUCCCGCCCGACACGGACAAACACCAACUCCACGACCUCGCCCACCAGCGCAGGCCCAGAUAACCCCCUCCGCCGCAUCAUCGGCCAAGACCGCGUCAGCAAGGACCAAUUCGCCCUCGUCGUGCGCAAGCAUUUCAACAGCGCCGGCCUAUCGGAGCAGGAGACCAUAGCCCGCUUCCUGUACACCGUCCGCGAGGAGCGGCGCGGCCGCCAGUUCCGCCUGCGCUUCCAGCCAUAG